CUGUCAGAGAGGUGACACUGCGCUUCGGGACACAGCGGUGACACCAUGGAGUCUCCCUCCACUGCAGCCGCUGCCGUUUACAGCGCAGACGUGUGACUGCAGCCACGCUAGGCUUGGAAAGCGGAGGUGAAGGACCUGUCUGUGGCAGGAAUGGCUUCAGUCAGCAGGAAGCUGUCAGAGGAACAGUGCUACUGCUCCAUCUGCCUGGACGUGUUCCGCAGCCCUGUCUCCAUCCCCUGCGGCCACAGCUUCUGCAUGGGCUGCAUCGGGGGCUACUGGAAGGGCAGCUCCCUGUGCCAGUGCCCCAUGUGCAAGAAGACCUUCUACCAGCGCCCCGACAUCAGCGUCAACACGGUGCUGCGGGACAUCGCGGAGCAGCUGAGAGACAGCGAAGCCAGACCCCCGCAGGGGGGCCCCGAGGAGGGCCCGGACGCUGCAGCAACCUGCCCUGCGGUACAGCUGGAGGGGAGCCCCGAGAUGCAGCCGGAGGGCCCCAGGGCGGAGGGCCCCAGGGCAGAGGGCCCCAGGGCGGAGGGCGUGGCCUGUGACAUCUGCACCGGGGAGCAGCAGCGGGCGCUGAAGUCCUGCCUGGUGUGUCUGACCUCCUACUGCGAGGAGCACCUGAGGUCCCACAACGCCCGCUUCACCAAACACAAACUCAUCCAGCCAAUCAGCAGCCUGCAGGACAGGAUGUGCCCCAAGCACGAGCGGCUGCUGGAGCUGUUCUGCAGGACGGACCAGACGUGUGUGUGUGUGCUGUGCGUGGAGACGGACCACCGGGCCCACUUCACUGUGUCCGCUGAGAGGGCCUGGGUGGAGAAGAAGGCUCAGCUGAAGAAGACGGAAGCAGACAUGCAGCAGAUGAUGCAGGACAGAUGGAGGAAGGUGGAGGAGAUCAGACAGUGUGUGGAGCUGAGCAGAAGCAGCACACAGAGAGAGAUGGAGGACAGCGUGCUGGUGUUCAGUACUCUGAAGCGCUCCAUUGAGAUUCGCCAGGCCAAACUGACUGAGGUGAUGGAGGAGAAGCAGAGAGCAGUAGAGAAACAUGCUGAAGGCCUCAUUAAAGACCUGGAGCAGGAACUCACUGAGCUACAGACCAGAAGCACUGAACUGGAGAAACUCUCACAAACUGAGGAUCAUCUCUACUUCCUACAGAGUUUCCCGUCUCUGUGUUCCCCUCCGAACACCAAGGACUGGUCUGGAGCCGGCGUUCACACUGAUGUGUGUGUGGGGACUGUGAGGAGAGCCGUGGAAGAGUUGGAGGUCUCUCUCACCCAGCAAGUGGACAAACUGGCAGAGAAAGAGCUCCGGAGGAUACAGAAAUAUGCAGUGGGCGUGACCCUGGACGGCCGGACGGCGAACCCCUGGCUGCAGCUGUCUGAAAGCGGGAAGCAGGUUCGGCACGGGGGGGUGUGGCAGGACCUGGCGGAUGGGCCGGAGCGCUUCGACACCGUGGUCAUCGUCCUGGGGAGGGAGGCCUUCGCCCGCGGCCGGCACUACUGGGAGGUGCAGGUGGGCCAGAAGGACGACUGGUACCUGGGCGUGGCCAAGGUGUCCGUCAACAGGAAGGGGCGGAUCGCGGUCAGCACGGCGCAGGGCUACUGGGCGCUGGCCAUGAAGGGGGGGCGCGAAUACCGAGCAUCCUGCACUCCCCCCGUUACACUCAGCCUCCCACACCGCCCCCACCGCGUGGGCGUGUACCUGGACUACGAGGAGGGGCAGGUGUCCUUCUACGACGUGGAGGCCAGGUCUCACCUCUACACCUUCACAGACACCUUCAGCGAAACACUGCACCCCUUCUUCUACCUGUACUGCAGUGACAAGACCUCAGACAGCCUCACCAUCUCCCCCAUGAGCUCCAAACCUGCGGUGAAGCAGUGCUGAAAACUGGGGCUUAUCCAACGCUAAUGUAACCUCAACACAACCUUAAUGCAACGUUACACAACCAGAAACCCACCGUCAAGCAAUGCUUAAGAUCUGCGCUCAGCUCACCCUCCUACGUUAAAAUAACAUUAUCCCCGUCACUGUGACACGAUUCACAGGACUCAUCUGUGCUGUCACUCAACGUGCCAUGUGUAAUGACAUGGGCUA